CAACAUGGGGUACUGGAAAUCUAAGGUUCUUCCUAAAAUCAAGAAGGUUUUUGUUUCUGAGAGUAGUACCAAGAAAGCUGCUGCUGCUGAGGUUUCAAAGUCCUUUGAUGAGUCAAAGGAGGUAUACAAUAAAGAGUUUGAGGAAAAGAAGACUGAACUUCAACCAAAAGUACUUGUUGUAUAUGAGGCUUUAUCAACUCAAAUCAAGAGUUUGGUCAAAGAACGUGAUGAAGCAGGGCUAAAGAAGAACACAACAGAAGUUAACAAAUUCAUAGAAGAACUUGUUAAAAUUGAUUUUCCUGGAUCAAAAGCAGUAUCUGAGGCAUCUUCAAAGUUUGGACCAGCCUUAAUUUCAGGUCCAAUUUUCUAUGUUUUUGAGAAAGUAUCAACUUUCAUAGUUACAGAAGAGAAAGUUGAAGAAACAACUCCUACUACAGAAACAAAAACAGAAGAGGAAACAAGUGGUGUCAAAGAAAAGGAAAUAGUGAUUGAAGAAGGUAAAAAGGAAGAGAAAAUUGAAUCUGUUGAAGAAAAGGUUGUAGCUGAUCCUGUUUCUGAUGAUAAACAGGAAGAGAAAGUUGUUGAAACAGUUGUUACUGCAGUUGAAAAAGAAGAACCAAUAAAGCCUUGAAAAAUUGUUGAUCAAGAAUGAUAAAUAUGUAUGUAUAUGUGUAAUAGUUUGCAUAUACUCUUAAAAUUGUUACAUACCAUUCUCUUAUUCUUUUAUAUAUCUGUAAUUGAAUUUGGUUUUUGCUUAGUUUGAUGUAUGUGAAUGUUUAUGGUUGAAUCAUUUUGUAAUUUUUAUUUAUUUAUUUAUUUUAAUGUCAAGGAAUUGUGACUUGGAUUGUAUCAAUUGGUCAUCCAAUUAAUCCUUCAAGUUUGUUGUUUUCAUUUAAAUUUAAAUUAAAAGUGAUUAGUUUUA